GCUUCCGUGCCGUCGGAGGUGUUGUGAAAGCGGCGCAGCCGAGCAACCAUAGUUUGGCGUAGACCCAGCGCCCGAGCCGGCCAUGGCGGGAGAGGCCACCAGAUGCAUCGGGGGCGAAGCGGAGACGUCAGAAAGUGCCUCGGUGCCGCUGGUGGCGCUGAAUUACUCGGUGCGGCGCCGGCUGUCUCUCUUCCUCAACCCGCGCGCCCCGGUGGCGGCCGACUGGGCGACGUUGGCGGAGGAGCUGGGCUAUGAAUACCUGGAGAUCAGGCACUUCGAAACCCAGCGGGACCCCACCGUGCACCUGCUGCAAGACUGGCAGGCGCGGAGCCCCGGCGGGGCAACGGUGGGGCGCCUCCUGCAUCUGCUGCGCGUCCUGGGCCGCCAAGACAUCCUCACCGACCUGGGACCCAGCAUUGAUGAGAACUGCAAGAGGUAUCUCCAGAAGAAGCAACAAGAAGAAUCGGAGCGACCGGUUCAAGUCCCUGCAGUGGACAGUAGCUUUCCGAGGACGUCUGAAAUGCAGGGCAUCACCACUCAGGAUGACCCCCUAGGGCGGAGCCCUGAGCUCUUUGACGCCUUCAUCUGCUACUGCCAGAAUGACAUUCCUUUUGUGCAGGAGAUGAUCCAGGAAUUGGAGCAGGCGGAACAUAAGUUGAAGCUCUGUGUGUUUGAUCGGGAUGUCCUGCCGGGCACCUGCGUGUGGUCCAUCACCAGCGAGCUGAUAGAGAGGAGGUGUCGGAAGAUGGUGGUGGUCAUCUCAGAUGACUAUCUGGACAGUGAGGAGUGUGACUUCCAGACCAAGUUUGCUCUCAGUCUUUCCCCAGGGGCCCGGCUCAAGCGUCUGAUCCCAGUUAGAUGCAAAAAAAUGAAGAAGGAUUUCCCGAGCAUCUUAAGGUUCAUCACCAUCUGUGACUACACAAACCCGGCCACCAAGAAAUGGUUCUGGAUGCGACUGGCCAAAUCUCUGUUGCUCCCGUGAUGCUACUGUGGAAGGUUGAAGCUUCGUAAGCCCCGGAAGAUUGGGGGUGGGGCGGCGACUGCAGGAAAGGGGUGUGGGGGGGAAGUAGCUUUUUCUUGACUUUUCACCCUAUAGUCCAAAAAAAAAAAAAAAAUCAGGGUUUUAACCACACAUUCCUGAGAACCGUAAGCUUGGCUCAAGCCCAACAUUUAUAAAUCCCCUGGAAUAUCCCCCUACCUCAUGUUGUUGGAGGUGUGGGGGUCUUACAAAGAAGGAACAGAAUCUAACUGCAGACGCAACUGUUCCUGGGAUAUUAAUCCGUAUCCCGUAUCUUUAUUAUUAUUAUUUUCACUACUUUCCUUUGGCAGAAUCAAGGGACCAUGAAAAACACGACAUGAACAUUUUUAAACCCCCUGGGAUGAGAAGCGCCAAAUAUUUUUUUCCCCAGAGCAUGUUGCUUAUGGGUUCUUGUUAAGGAAGGACCACAAGAACCAUCAUCCUGUGUUACAGAACCGGCAUAGGACCUGUUCUAGUUUCUUGUUUCUGAAAAAAGUAAUCAAAACACACACACACACACACACAUACACACCACCAGUGCCUUAAAGACUUCUCGUCUAGUAGAGCAGGGGUGUCAAACACAA